AUGCACACUUCCGCCUCCAUGGUGAUGGGGAUUGUAUUUGCCCCUUUGGGACUGGUUCUCGUCUUCACUGCCGCCAUCACCCCUCAGUGGAGAGAGGGACGGGCACGUCUGGGCAUGGCAGGGCCGGGGUCACUUCUUCGGUCCGGGAUGAAAGGUCAGGGGAUGGGUGUCCGGUCCGGGUCGGUGGAGGCACUGCUCCUCCUGCGCUCUGAUGGACUUUGGGAGAGCUGCCUGCAGGUUGAGCACUCGGAGCUGAAGCAGUGCUGGCCUGUGGCAGGUCCAUACCAGAGAGAUCCGAGGGUUCGCCUUGCACAAGGUUUGGUCCUGACCUCACUGUUCCUGUGUGGCACCGGCAUUGUCCUGGCAUGUAUCGGGGUCCGGUGUUGGACAGAUAUACCUCUGAGGGGUGUAGCAGCUACAGGUGGGCUCCUGGUGGUGACAUCCGGGCUGCUCAGCCUGACUGCGCUCGCAGUGUACACCCACAACCUUGCAAGGCUGGGGGUGGUUGAUCCAAGUCAAGGGAUCAGCAACCCCAGGUUCCCACACCUCAGCCUGCAUCCGGCCGGCUCGCUCUACUUUGGAUGGCUGGGUUCGUGCUUACAGGUGCUGGGAGGCAGCGCUCUGCUGUUCAGCUUCAAACGACCAAGAUGCCCCACCUGCCCAUCCUGCCCAGAGCUACCUGCCUGCCCUGCCUGUCACUCAUGUCCAGAGAUCAUCAACAAGCCAGACACAGAUGUAUAUGAAGUCAGCUGUUAGGACGUUAACUGAAUAUGAAUGAAACUGGACAUGUGGGCACUCCCAACUCAUCAGCGAAUAAAUCUGCCAGCUAAUGAAAUUAAUCAACUCCUGAUUCCUGCCUGAUAAAAAGAC